AUCAACCACCAUUAUCAUCACUGAAGAAUAUAUCCUUUUUUGCAGCACUUACCUCACCACUUGGCAGCACAAAGAAAUAUUGAUCCAAGUCCUCCUCUUUUAACUAUCUUUGCAAGAAGUUAUUUUUAUUAUAUUAAAACCUAAUCUUUGCCCUAAAUCACUCAAAUUCUAGAGAAAGAUAGAACCCUAAUUUAGAAACGUCUGAAGAGCUAUGGAUUUGAUAUCUCAAAACCACAACAACAAGAACCCUAAUACCACUCUCUUGCCACAAACUCCUUCUUCUUCUGCUUCUCCACCUUCCUUUAGCCGCUACGAAAACCAGAAACGCCGUGACUGGAACACUUUCUGCCAAUACAUCCGAAACCACCGUCCGCCGCUCUCUCUAGCGUCUUGCAGCGGCGCACACGUCCUAGAGUUCCUGCGUUACCUUGACCAGUUCGGCAAAACCAAAGUCCACCACCAAAACUGUGCCUUCUUUGGCCUCCCAAAUCCUCCUGCUCCUUGUCCCUGUCCUCUCCGACAAGCCUGGGGCUCACUCGACGCCCUCAUCGGCCGUCUUCGUGCUGCCUACGAGGAGAACGGUGGAGCUCCCGAGACUAGCCCAUUUGGCUCACGUUCCGUCAGGAUUUUCCUCAGGGAGGUUAGAGAUUUCCAGGCUAAAUCACGUGGCGUCAGCUACGAAAAGAAGAGGAAAAGGGUGAACAACAAGCAAAUAACUCAGUCCCAGCCGCAGUCGACGCAACCGCUUUUACCGCCACAGCAGCAAGGUCAGUCUAUGAUGGCUGAUUACGGCCACCAAGGUGCAACUCGAUAAUAUCGUAUUACUUUAAUAUAUGUAUGCUCUCGAAUCUAGGUAUUUCAAAACGUACCAAUCUUUCUAUUUGUGUAAUGCAAUCCCUAAUUUCAUCCA